AUGUCUUUUAGAUUACUGGAGUACAAUACGUUUAUCCCAGCAGAGGAUAUGCAGAGUGAGCCCUUAUGUCUUCUUGGCCAAGGAGACGCCAGUUCGGCGAGAAGGGUGCCUACUGAGUCAUCUUCGUUCCCUGUUGAUAUAGACUUUGGGUUGAGUGAGUAUAUGAGUAAUGGGCGUGGGCGGGGCACGCCUGAGGGUGGUACUGAGUACUUGGAUGCAGAGUAUGUGAAUUACGAGCAAGAACUAGCGGGACAGAUGGCACAGCAAAUGACAGGGCAGGUGCAAGGGCAGGUGCAAGGGCAGGUGCAUCCGAUGCCCCAGCAGAUUCCAAUCCCUUGUAGAGACACAGCCCUUUCGACUGUGCCGGUAUUAGGGUCACCCUUAUCCAUGGAGACGCCUUAUCCGCAAGUUUUCCAAGAUAGUUCCUCGCCGCUGACGCCCAGCAGUACGUCAAAGGACAGGCAGAGACCCUCUUUAUACACAAGGUCGACGCUGUCUCUACCGACAAGCGGAGUUUCUGCACGACCCGGAAGACCGCGUGUUAAAUCUGCACAUAAUGUUAUAGAGCAGCGGUACAGGAACAAGAUCAACGACAAGUUCAAUGCGCUACAAGAAUCCGUUCCCACGUUGAAAGUGUUGUCGAUGAAGAAGCACGAGGAGAGAAUGAGGCUGGAGGAUGAUAGUGACGAAGAGGACGAGGAGUUGAGCUCAGCAAUAGAUAUAGACUUGGAAGGGCUUGAGCCGGCGCGGAAACUAAACAAAGGAACGAUCCUUGCAAAGUCAAUUGAGUAUAUAAAAUUUCUUGAGUCGAAGAACGAUAGAAUGAAGCAGGACCAGCAGGACUUGCUACGCCGGGCGAAACUGAUGGGAAUACCCUUAAAUAGCUUGCAAUAA